AGUUUGUAAAAUCUGUGGUGAAAGUUACAACCGAGAGAAUGAUUUGUUGGUCCAUAUGAGAACUCACACAGGUGAGAAGCCGUAUUCUUGUGAAACAUGUGGGAAAUGUUUCAGUCGUCGGAGUGAUUGGUUGCGCCACAUGAGAACUCACACAGGUGAGAAGCCGUAUUCUUGUGAGAUGUGUGGGAAAAGUUUCAGUGACCAGUCUUGUUUCAGAAUACACAUGAGAAGUCACACAGGUGAGAAGCCGUACUCUUGUGAAACAUGUGGGAAAUUAUUCAGUCAUCACAGUUAUAAAGUGGUCCAUAUGAGAACUCACACAGGUGAGAAGCCGUACUGCUGUGGAACAUGUGGAAAAAAAUUUUCCAGUCCAAGUCUUUUGAUUCGUCACACUAAGACUCACACAGGCGAGAAGCCGUACUCUUGUGAAAUAUGUGGGAAAUUUUUCAGUCAUCACAGUUAUAAAGUGGUCCAUAUGAAAACUCACACAGGUGAGAAGCCGUAUUCCUGUGGAACAUGUGAGAAAAGUUUCAGCAGACAGAGUCACUUGUUGGUCCACAUGAGAACUCACACAGGUGAGAAGCCGUACUCUUGUGAAAAAUGUGGAAAGUGUUUCAGUAUUCAGAGUAAUAUGCUGGUCCACAUGAGAAUUCACACUGGUGAGAAGCCAUAG